AUGACCAACGGCUCCGGCCCAGCCGGCUUCCACCGGGUUCAACGGUCUCCGCGCCCUCCAGGAUCCGGUACGAUCACCCGCUGGUCGAGGGAGGAUAAGACUCUCUCACGCCGCUUAUCCGUGAGGAAGCUUGAAGGUGAGCAGCAGGAGAAACGAACCCGAAAGGCCCCCGGCCCUCGGGGAGGGUUACCCAUGAAGAUUAUCUUCCCCAGCGCCAAGCUUCGACUGACAGGCGUCAAGCAAGUGAUAACUGUAUAUAACCCUGUCGCCCUAUGA